AGUAUUUUAUUGUUUUGUUCGGUAUAAAUAUGGUUCUCUUCCAGCUCCUUCCCCAUUACUCUAUCAGACUCACUCAUCGUCCAUCUCUGGUGCAAUGGCAAGGUUGGAGGGUAAGGUCGCCCUGAUCACCGGAGGAUCCAGCGGCAUAGGUGAAUGCACCGCGAGGAUCUUCGUUCAGCACGGAGCUAAGGUUGUUAUCGCGGAUAUUCAAGAUGAACUAGGGCACACAGUUGUCGAAGCAUUGGGAAAGUCCAACGCUAUUUACGUCCAUUGUGAUGUCACAAAUGAAGACCACAUAAAAGAUGCAGUAGACAAAGCAGUUUCAGCCUACGGAAAACUUGACAUCAUGUUCAACAACGCUGGCAUCUCCGAUCCCAACAAGCCUCGAAUUUUGGACAACCUCAAGUCUGAUUUCGAGCGGGUCAUGGCCAUCAACGUGACCGCUGUUUUCCUAGGCAUGAAACACGCGGCUCGAGUCAUGGUCCCGGCUCGAAGUGGCUGCAUACUUUCGACCUCUAGCUUGAGCUCUAACAUCGGUGGCGCAGCAUCACAUGCUUAUUGCGCCUCCAAGCAUGCUGUCUUGGGACUGACCAAGAACUUGGCAGUCGAGCUAGGACAAUUCGGCAUACGAGUCAAUUGUCUGUCGCCUUACGCGAUGGCGACUCCUUUGGCUAGGAGCUUUGUGGGGAUUCAAGAUGAUGAAAUUCUUGAAGGCGUGAUGAACUCUUUGGCCAAUUUGAAGGGUGUGACUCUCAAGACCGAGGAUGUGGCUAAUGCAGCUCUUUAUCUCGCCAGCGACGAAGCUAAGUACGUAAGCGGCCAGAAUUUGUUUGUUGAUGGGGGAUUUGGGAUUGUUAAUUCGGCUUUUAAAUUAUUUCAGUAUCCUGAAGAUGAACCUUUGGCUUAAUAACAACCUCAUUGUAAACCUACUGCGAGGGUUUGAUUAAUUUGUCUGAAAUAAAUUUUUUCUGCAGUCGAAAACCGUGUUCAACCGCUCCCAGAGUCGGUGGAACGUUUCAGCAUUUUAUUACAACUAUUGAUACUCUCCUCUGUA